AUUCCUUGUCCCUCGCCGUUAACGCAAGACAAGUCAAAAUUCGCGCACCCACAAUGCAUCUUGCCAGCUGGUCCUACAAUGGUCGCUGCGCCCGCGCAACUCGCCAACGUUCCAGCACCACCACAAGCCUCCGCAGCAGCGGGCCACGGCCACCAACAAUCGGGCGGUGGCGCCAACACACGUGUGCCCAGCUCCGCCAGCUCAACGGGCUCCUCCACACCAGAUAACAAUAACUGCAACAGUAACAGCAGCGCCUCCGCAAAAUUACCACCCUCCAUGACCGACAUGUUCGCCAGCUUGCACGAGAUGCUGCAGGAAUAUCACGGCGAAUUGGCACAAACCGGCUCACCGUCGAUUUUGUGCAGUGCGCUGCCUAAUCAUUGGCGCUCAAACAAAUCCUUGCCAGGCGCGUUCAAAGUGAUCGCGCUGGACGAUGUGCCCGACGGCACUUUGGUUUCGAUAAAAUGCGGCAACGAUGAGAAUUAUUGCGGCGAGCUGCGCAACUGCACGGCCAUCAUGAAGAAUCAGGUGGCGAAGUUCAACGAUUUGCGCUUUGUCGGACGCUCCGGCCGUGGCAAGUCCUUUACGCUGACCAUCACCAUUGCAACCUACCCGGUGCAGAUUGCGAGCUAUACGAAAGCGAUCAAAGUGACCGUGGACGGACCGCGGGAACCAAGAAGUAAGCAAAGUUAUGGCUACCCACAUCCCGGCGCUUUCAAUCCCUUCAUGUUGAACCCCGCAUGGCUCGAUGCCGCCUACAUGACAUACGGCUAUGCGGACUACUUCCGCCAUCAGGCCGCCCUACACCAUCCCGCCCUGGCGAAAAGUCCGCCCUCGCUACCAGCCGGCGCCGGCGCCACCGUCAUACCACCGCCCCCACCACCAGGUGGCGGUGCACCGGGCACAGCUGCCGACUUCCAUGCCGCGCAGCUAACACCACCACCGCAAGUUGGUGCGCCUGGUGGCUUGCCACCGAACGCAGCUAUUGGCAUGAUACCCUCGCCGCCCGGUUCCGCUUAUGGCGUAGGCCUACCGCAGUUCCCGUUCAAUCCAGUCGCUGCCGCCGCCUUCCACCCGUACAACUUCGCUGCGGCAGGGUUACGCGUGCCGCCGACCCACAAUAUGCACAAUACCUCGCUGGGCAGCUCGCACGGCUCAACGGAACACAUCAGCCCCGCGCACAUAAGUCCCGCCUCGUCGCGCCCAUCAUCGUCUUCGCCACCCGCACAUGUACACAACAUCAGCACCGGCAGUGCGGGCGGCGAUGGUAGCGGUAACAACAACAAAGCGAACACCUCGCUGGAGCAGUCCUUGUCCGACGCCGAUCCUGACAUCGAAUCCGAUGAUGAGCCCAUCGAUGUUGUAAAAUCUGCUUUUGUGCCCAUUCUGCGUCCGCCAACUGUGUCGCGCGCAACAGCGCCAAUCGCUGCCGCCGCCGCCGCCUCCACCGCUGCCGAAGAGUUGGAGAAGUCCCGUCAGCAAGCGCCGUCUCGUAUGCGCUGCGAACUCAAGGCGCCGUCAGUGAUGAAGGUGCAGUACCAGCAUAGCGCGCAAGCGCGACACAUUUCGCCCGAUAUUACCGCUGCAACAAAGCUGAAGGCGGCGGUAAAUGCCGCAAAGACUGUAUGGCGGCCCUACUGAAACACUACGCACUCCGCCGUCGGAGUUGUUCUGCAUUCGAUAUGGAAGGUGGCUCAAAGCAGUGGGAGUAUGAGUUGAAUGGUGAAACCACAGGGUUUCCAGAGUGGACCUCUUUCAUCAACUUUGUCGCUCUCACGAGAAGCAGCUGUUAAACGCGGCGACGGCGGCUAAAAAAUCAGACUAGCGAUGCCGCGCUGGUGUGUAAAAAUGCCGACGGCAAAUGCGACAGUAGCGCGCAAAUGGACGGACGUUGUACGGCAGAAGCAGCAGCAACACUAGCCGAAAAUCUCACUUGGGAUCUCUUAAGCUCCAAUGCUCCAGCACUCACUUACUCCUAUCCGCACUUGUGAUAAAUAUUUUUGGUUUUUUGGUUUUUGGAGCAGCGGAGUGUAGUUAAAAUAUUUUGUGAUAUAGUGUUAAGUUUAAAUGCAUAACCAAUUAGUGUUUCUACGCCAAUGAAAAAAGUGAAAAAAAACAGUAGCGAGCGAAGAAGUUUGAAACAAAAAAACAAAAAUCCACUUGGGCAGGCAACAAGGACAUCAUUGUUGUGAUGUCGCUGCCGUUCUCCAACUCGCCCGCCGGGGGCGUUUACAAUUAGAGCGUUAGAACCCCAUAUUACUCAAAUGUACCUACUUUCCACACACACACACACACAGGUAUUUGCACGAAUUGUACUCACGCCAGGACAUUUGACCUAGCACACACACACGCUCAUGCGAUACGAAUUGUAUUUUGAAAGAAAGCUAACAAAAAAUCUUGUAAUCUUGGCAGUAGCAAGGAAACAGGGUCCAUCGGAUUUGGUAGUUGCCGAAAUUCAACAAAAAGUUAAUAACUAACCUAAAAAAAACACACACACGCACAUGUGUUCUUGCAAACUUCAUUUGUAUGCGUUGAUUUUGUUGAGUUUAUGCAAAUACUCGAUUUAGUUUGGGAAUUGCAAACAUAAAUUUGUUAGUGUUGCUUGGCGCAGCAUUUUACAUAUAUAUAUUUUGUAAAAUUGCAACCAAUUCGAUGUUUGUAAAUAUCUGAAAAGUUAUAUGAAAAUGGAAAACUAUGUA